AUGCCAGCAGCAUACAACACCGAAGAGGUGCUCGCCACCCACAUCCUCCAGCCAAUCCCCAAAGACAUCGUCCGAGAUGUCUAUUCCAAGUCGCCCUUCGUCGUGGUUCCUGGCACCUUCAACGCACGCGACCUCGCUGCUGAUACGGGAGACGUCAGACCUGGCCUGAUCUACCGCUCUGGCUCGCUCGAGAACUUGUCCGCUCCCGGCUUUGCCGUCUUGCGCCAGCUGGGCGUGCGAACCAUCUUUGACCUUCGCUCGCUGAAGGAGACCACCGCUCAUGCAGACCCAACGAUCGAAGGCAUCCGCGUCGUCUGGCAGCCAAGCACAGUCGACAAUCCCACCGUGGCCACCAGCGAAAGCGUCAAGGCCAAGGUCGCCAACGGUCUUGAUGUCCAUACAAUGUACAAGGACUUGCUUGAGAGCCACAAAAUGGCAUUCCGAGCAGUAUUCUAUCACAUUCUCCACAUGCCCGGUGUUCCCUUCAUCAUCCACUGCACGGCUGGCAAAGACCGCACCGGUGUCUUGUCAGCUCUGAUCCUGUCUCUAGCUGGUGCAGAUGUCGAAGACAUUCAGCGUGACUACAUGCUUACUCGCAUCGGCGUGGAACCUGUUCGAGAAUUCCUUCUUGGCAAGAUCAUGCAACGGCGGGAGAAAAUGGACCUUGAUUUUGCAAAGGCCAUGGCCGCAUUGGAGUUCCCUUCGAAUGCUAUGAAGAAGCUUCUAAGCACAGUCGACAAGAAGUUUGGCGGCGUUGAAAGCUACGUGCGGUAUGAGCUCGGCUUCAGUAAGCAUGAGGUCGAAGUUAUGAAGAGGAAUUUGAGCGGAUAGUUCAGUGUCUGGUGGCGUUUGUUUGUGUUGCAUUUUGGGUGCAUGCUUGUGUUGCGAAUGAUACCAGGUCAAAGCGAAUUUAAGCGAUGGCGUUCGAUGGGACAUGAUGGAAGACAAUGGAUCUGGAUAUCCGGCGCCUGGCUCAAACUGAUGUUGUCUUAUUAGAGACGCCUUGAAAUACAUGUUGAAACU